UGGAAUGGCGCCUUUACCGGAGGAGAUCACAGUCCGUGUAUGAUGGCUCCGUUCAGUUUGAUGUCAGUCGGUGCAAAUCUUUUGGUAAAAUCUUUGGGUUUGUUCUCGAGUGCAUCUGUUGUGAGGUGUUCAUGUGUUGCUCCAGUGUUAAAGAGUUUUAGCACCACAACCGGGGGUCCACCCAAGAGACCACUGACAGCAUACAUGACAUAUGUGAAAGAGAUACAUCCCACCAUCAGCAGACAAAAUCCAGGAGUCAAAAAUGUGGAUAUUGUCCGAAAGUUAGCACAGCAGUGGAAAGUUCUGACUCCUGAACAGAAGCAGCCAUUUCAGGAUGCAUCUUCAGCAUCCAGGGAGCAAUAUAAGCUUGCUCUGGAGAAAUACAAAGCCCAACUGACUCCUGAACAAACUGCUGCUCUUGCAGUAGAAAAACGACAAAAAGUAGCUAAAAGAAAAGCAAUUAGGAGAAAGAAGGAGCUGAACAGUCUUGGCAAGCCGAAACGCCCCAGGAGCGCCUUCAAUAUCUUCAUGUCAGAGCACUUUGAGGAGGCGAAAGGAACUACUAUGCAGACGAAGAUGAAGUCUCUGAGAGACGACUGGGAGCGUUUCAGUAAAACACAGAAACAAAUGUACAUUCAGCUGGCAGAGGAUGACAGAGUCCGUUACAAGAAUGAAAUCAAAUCGUGGGAGGAGCACAUGAUAGAGAUUGGAAGGGAAGACCUUGUUCGGAGAAAGGAGAGGAGAGCCAUCAAAGCCAAAAUCACUAAUGACAUCAAGAAGAAAUCCAAAGUAACAGUGGUAAAGGCAAAAGCACCAAAAAAGAAGACUGGAACAGCAGUGAAAAAGACUGUGAAGAGCACCAAGAAGUGAAAUGAUCUAUGUGACUGUCAGACAGAGUGUGUUGUACAAAGGCUAGUACCGUCCUCAAAAAGCCUGUGCUUUCUGUUACUAUAGCUGCAUUUAUAGUGCUCAAAGCAUGAAGGCUUUAAAACUGUGAAGAGUCCUUCAUGAUCUCUCAUCUUUACAAUAAAUCCCUUUUUGCUGGUUUCAUCUA